AUGGCUGCGCUGCCCCCUCCUCUGCCCCCACCCCGCCGCCGGCCCCUCCGCCUCCCCGGCCGACCCUCCUCCCCGCCGCUCACUCCGCGCCGCCAGCGCCCAGCGUGCGGCUCCGGAGCGGCCCGGCUCCGCGCCCGGCGCUGCGCUCCGCGGCUCCGCGCUGGGAGCCAGCAGGUCUCCGGGAAGCGCGGAGGGUGGGGUGGGAUGCCGGAAUGCCCGGACCGCGGGGCCAAGGCGGCCCCCAUCCAUCAUAAAAUCUCCUUCUCCAUCUUAGACAUCCUGGAUCCCCAGAAAUUCAGCAGAAGACGCGAACCGGCCUCGGGGAGCUGGGGCAGCGCCCCCCGCUCGGGCGAGCGGGAGAAAAGUUUGGGAAGAGUUGAAGUAGGAAAGGACGCUGCUGCUCCCGGCAGCGGGAGGAAUAAACUAGAGGCACAUGAUGCGCACGCCCCGGCGGAGAGCGGCGCCGAGGACGCGGGGCAGGAGCGCGACGAGGAGGAUCCGAGCGGGGACGGGACCGGGACCGCGAGCCCGCCCGGGCCGGAGGAGCCGGGCUCGCCGCGGAGCGCCCGGCGACGGCGGGCAGAGCCGGGCUGCGGGAAGCCGCGGCGGGCGCGCACCGCCUUCACCUACGAGCAGCUGGUGGCCCUGGAGAACAAGUUCCGAGCCACGCGGUACCUGUCGGUCUGCGAGCGCCUCAGCCUGGCGCUGUCCCUCAGCCUCACCGAGACGCAGGUGAAGAUCUGGUUCCAGAACCGCCGCACCAAGUGGAAGAAGCAGCACCCGGGCGCCGACGGGGCGACCCCCGCAGCAUCCCCCGCGGCGGCGGCGAGCGGCGGCAGCCCCAGCCCGCCGGGCCCCGCCGCUCUGCCCUUCCAGACUUUCCCUUCCUACGCCGCCGCCAACGUGCUGGUGCCGCCGGCCGCCCCCUUCCCGCUGGGCGCCGGCCCCUUCGCACCCUUCCUGGGCCCCGCGUACCUCGGCCCCUUCUACGCCCCGCACCUCUGA